AUGGCGGCAGUAGUAGACACAAUCAAGAACACCAUCGCAGAGAACUUUGGUGGUGCAGGCCACAACCUUGCGUCCAAAGACCAGCAAUUCCCCCUCUCAGAAGUCCCCGAUGUCAGCGGUAAGGUAGCAGUAGUGACUGGUGGCACCGCAGGAAUAGGAUAUGCCUGCGUCCGCACCCUGCUCGCCAACAACAUCUCCAAGAUCUUCAUCAUCUCUUCCAACAAAGCCUCCUACGACGAAGCCCACAAGUCCAUCUUGGAAGACCUUGGCGAAGCAGCAGCGCGCAAGAUCACCUACCUAGAAUGCGACAUGGCAGACUGGCCUGCCGUCGCUACGACCGCGAACAAAAUCGCAGACCAGACUGAUAGAGUCGAUAUCAUGAUCAACGAUGCGGGACGCGGCAUCAUGACCUACCAACUCACAGACUACGGCGUCGAUCGCCACAUGGCCGUAAACCACUUCGGACACGUUAUAUUGACAUCGCACCUGCUUCCGGUCCUGAAAUCCACAGCAGAGAAAGGAAACACAGUCCGCCUUGUCGGCCUCGGCUCCAACGCGCACCAAGGUGCUCCCUCCGACGUCAAGUUUGCCAGUCUAGAAGAGCUAAACCAGGAUCUUGGUCCCAAUGGCCAAUACGGACGUAGUAAGCUAGCUGUAAUGCUAUACCAUAGAUACCUGGCCAAGCACCUCACAUCCUCGCACCCCAAGAUCCUCUCAAAUAGCGUACACCCUGGCUUUGUCGAGACGAAGAUGUCGCAAGAUGAUAUCCACGAGCCGUAUCCGGUGGCGGGGUACGCAAUGAGUGUGGGCUUGAAGCCGUUGAAGAAGGAUCAGUGGGAGGGUGCUGCGAGCGCGUUGUAUUGUGCGACGAAGACGGAGAAGAGUGGGCAGUAUGUGUGUCCGCCUGCUAUUCCGGAGCCGGGGAGCAAGUUGGCGCAGGAUGAGGACUUAGGGGAGGCGUUGAUGGCUUUGACGAAGAAGAUUGUCAAGGAGAAGAUGUAUAGUGGGAGUGUUCAGCAGGGAUGUCCCUUUGAGUUUUACUGA